GCAUCGCAUCGACUAAAAUUAGAGUAGGAAUAAACGCGCGAGUGCCGCGGUCGCGCCCGGCGGCCUCGUCAGACCUACGUGAAAGAUCCUCCGCCGCCGCCGCCGGCUCUGGGUCGUUCCUCCAUGAGUGUCCGGAUCGCGUUAAAAAAAUCGAUCGGAGACGGUGGCCGCUGGCUUGCAAUGAACUCCAGCUAAUCGUGAGGUCCAGGUGGAGGAGGAGGGCCGACCUUGCGACCCGCUUACACCCGAUCGCUAUUGUAAGGACAACCACCAUUGACACCAUCACCAGGAACAAUGUCGUCGAUUAGACUGCUAUCGGUCGUAGUCAAAUGACAAUAACUAGAAUAAAGCAGUGUCGGGAGCGCUCAUGAGACAGUCGUGCCACCGUCUGCUCGAGCACCAACAGGCCGGCGGGGACGAACCUCCGCUUUACUCACCCGUAGAUCAAAUUUCAGCGGUACCUGAUCAUGUGGGCCGGGAGGCCGGCGGCAAGCUGACACGAUAUGCGCCGGCGGAGGAGGACGAGGCGACUCUCAGGGAACUUCUACUUAGCCUUCAGAGACAGGUUGGCGUGAUGAGCAUGAAUCUGUCCGCCAAGCUGGACGAUCUGCAGCGGGGCGACCGACAGCUAGAAACAACGGUCGCGCUCUGUGAGAUCCGCUCUCAACUACAAGAACUUACCAAGAGCGUCGAGUCAUGCCAGAGUGAGGUCUCCGAGGUGAAACGUGACAUGGUUGCCAUCAAGCAGGAGCUAGACACGGUGCAGCAGGUGAAAGAAGAAAUCGAAGAACUGCGGGAAUAUGUGGACAGGCUUGAAGAACAUUCGCAGAGGCGAAAACUUAGGUUGCUUGAGCAGGGGCUUACAUUCUUCUUGUCGUACGCCAUUUUGGCGGCGGUGCUUGGUAUGCUGCAGUUUGGAUACAACACUGGCGUCAUCAACGCCCCUGGCAGAAAUAUCGAAAACUUCAUGAAAGACGUGUACAAAGAUCGCUACGGCCAGGAUAUCCAUGAGGACACCGUGAAUCAACUGUACUCAAUAGCAGUGAGCAUCUUUGCCAUUGGAGGUAUGCUUGGCGGCUUCUCUGGAGGGAUGAUAGCGAACCGAUUUGGCAGGAAGGGUGGUCUAUUGCUCAACAACAUUCUGGGGAUUAGCGGCGCGAGUCUUAUGGGUUUCACCAAAAUAUCGCACUGUUACGAAAUGCUCUUCUUCGGUAGAUUCAUCAUAGGUGUUAACUGCGGUUUAAACACCUCGCUUGUGCCAAUGUACAUAUCGGAGAUCGCGCCGCUGAACCUGCGUGGAGGACUGGGCACUGUGAACCAACUUGCAGUCACCGUCGGAUUGCUGCUCUCGCAAGUCCUUGGCAUCGAACAAAUCUUCGGUACUGAUGAAGGAUGGCCCAUAUUGCUCGGUUUGGCCAUAUGCCCAGCAAUUCUACAGCUGUUACUAUUGCCGGCAUGCCCCGAAUCGCCUCGCUAUUUGCUAAUUACGCGGCAGUGGGAGGAAGAAGCACGACGAGCACUCCGGAGGUUACGUGCCAGCAAUCAAGUUGAAGAAGAUAUAGAAGAGAUGCGAGCCGAAGAGCGAGCGCAACAAGCGGAAGCCUCGAUAUCCAUGUGGGAACUCCUUUGUUCACCAACACUUCGAGCUCCGCUGCUUAUCGGUGUCGUAAUGCAACUGUCCCAGCAACUCAGCGGAAUCAAUGCAGUGUUCUACUAUUCCACAUCCCUUUUUACAUCGUCGGGUUUGACUGAUGAAUCUGCGAAGUUUGCAACAAUGGGUAUUGGCGCCAUCAUGGUGGGCAUGACUCUGGUGUCGCUACCUCUAAUGGACCGUACUGGACGUCGCACUCUACAUCUUUAUGGCCUCGGCGGAAUGUUUAUCUUCUCGAUUUUCAUCACGAUCUCUUUUCUAAUAAAGGAGUUCUUCGGCUAUGUGCAGGAAAUGAUCGACUGGAUGAGUUACUUGUCGGUGGUGUCGACGCUGAGCUUCGUGGUGUUCUUCGCGGUGGGACCCGGCUCCAUCCCAUGGUUGAUUACCGCGGAACUCUUUUCGCAAGGCCCGCGACCCAGUGCCAUGGCUAUCGCUGUGCUGGUUAAUUGGAUGGCCAACUUCGUUGUCGGCAUCGGCUUUCCUAGUAUGAAGGCUCUAUUGGAAAACUAUACAUUCCUGCCUUUUAGCGUAUUCCUUGCAGUUUUUUGGAUAUUUACGUAUAAAAAAGUUCCUGAAACAAAAAACAAGACCUUUGAAGAGAUUUUGGCACUGUUCCGCAACUCUAAUGGGAGGGACAGUUUCCGCGACAGCCGGCUCUAUGGAAGCAUGAUGAAUUGCGUGAACGCCCUGGAACAGCAGCUGCCGCCGCCGCCACCGCCCGCCCCCGUUGACGAGAAACACGAUUCACUGUCGGAGCAGUCGUCGGCUGCCGGCGACGCGGGUCGGCCGCCGCCGCCGCUGCCACCCCCACGCUUCCCGGUCAGCGGCACCGUCUGACAAUGGGAGCCCGCUGCGCGUGCGCCACUAGUCGCGCCCAUCAAGGCCGCCGCCAACUUCUUGUUUCAUGGA